CGAGGCGGCGGCGGCGGCAGGCGCGGCGGCGGCGGCGGCGCCCGGGCCGGCGGCGGCGGCGGCGAAGGGAGAAGAUGGCGGACGUGCUCAGCGUCCUGCGACAGUACAACAUCCAGAAGAAGGAGAUCGUGGUGAAGGGGGACGAGGUGAUCUUCGGCGAGUUCUCCUGGCCCAAGAACGUGAAGACCAACUACGUGGUGUGGGGGACUGGAAAGGAAGGCCAGCCUAGAGAGUACUACACAUUGGACUCCAUCCUAUUUCUGCUGAAUAAUGUGCACCUUUCUCAUCCUGUCUAUGUUCGGCGAGCAGCUACUGAAAAUAUUCCUGUGGUUAGAAGACCUGACCGAAAAGAUCUGCUUGGCUAUCUCAAUGGUGAAGCAUCAACGUCUGCAAGCAUUGACAGAAGUGCCCCCCUGGAGAUAGGGCUGCAGCGAUCUACUCAAGUCAAACGAGCUGCAGAUGAAGUUCUAGCAGAAGCAAAGAAACCACGAAUUGAGGAUGAAGAGUGUGUGCGCCUCGAUAAAGAAAGAUUGGCUGCCCGUUUGGAGGGUCAUAAAGAAGGGAUUGUACAAACUGAACAGAUUAGGUCUUUAUCUGAAGCCAUGUCUGUGGAAAAAAUUGCUGCAAUCAAAGCCAAAAUUAUGGCUAAGAAAAGAUCUACUAUCAAAACUGAUCUAGAUGAUGACAUCACUGCCCUCAAACAGAGGAGUUUUGUAGACGCCGAGGUAGAUGUGACUCGAGAUAUUGUCAGCAGGGAGAGAGUGUGGAGGACACGAACAACGAUUUUACAGAGCACGGGAAAGAAUUUUUCCAAGAAUAUUUUUGCAAUUCUUCAGUCUGUAAAAGCCAGAGAAGAAGGGCGUGCACCUGAACAGCGACCAGCCCCAAAUGCGGCACCUGUGGAUCCCACGUUGCGUACGAAACAGCCUAUCCCGGCUGCCUACAACAGAUACGACCAGGAGAGAUUCAAAGGAAAAGAAGAAACGGAAGGCUUCAAAAUUGACACUAUGGGCACAUACCAUGGUAUGACGCUGAAAUCUGUAACGGAAGGUGCAUCUGCCCGUAAGACUCAAACUCCUGCAGCACAGCCAGUACCAAGACCAGUUUCACAAGCAAGACCUCCCCCAAAUCAGAAGAAAGGUUCUCGAACACCGAUUAUCAUAAUUCCUGCAGCUACCACCUCUUUAAUAACCAUGCUUAAUGCAAAAGAUCUUCUUCAGGAUUUAAAAUUUGUCCCAUCGGAUGAAAAGAAGAAACAGGGAUGUCAACGAGAAAAUGAAACACUAAUACAGAGAAGAAAAGACCAAAUGCAACCAGGAGGCACUGCAAUUAGUGUCACAGUACCUUAUAGAGUCGUAGACCAGCCCCUUAAACUUAUGCCUCAAGAUUGGGACCGGGUCGUAGCAGUUUUUGUACAGGGUCCUGCUUGGCAGUUCAAAGGUUGGCCAUGGCUUUUGCCUGAUGGAUCACCGGUUGAUAUAUUCGCUAAAAUUAAAGCGUUCCAUCUCAAGUAUGAUGAAGUUCGUCUAGAUCCAAACGUGCAGAAAUGGGAUGUAACAGUGUUAGAACUGAGCUAUCACAAACGUCAUUUGGAUAGACCAGUUUUCUUACGGUUCUGGGAGACACUGGAUAGAUACAUGGUGAAGCAUAAAUCCCACUUGAGAUUCUGAAUUGCUUGGUUCUUCCUUUUCUGAAAAUCUGGAUUAAGAAACAUGGAUACAUAUACCUUGAUCUAAAGACUAAGACUCACUCAAGCUUUAUGAAUUUAUUAAGAACUUAACAAGUGAAGAAGGUCACAGAUUGAUCUUUUUAUAGGACCUUAUUUGAUGCUUUGUGCUUCAAAGGGGUGAUGCUUGUCAUCCAUUUAAGCAAACUUUUGGCUUACAACUAUUUUUUUAAUAUUAGCCUUCUAGUCUGUAAUUGAAAUUGUAUAUUUUGAUAGAAGUUUUUUCUCUAUUGGUUAUAUUAGCAUUACUUAAAACUUGUUUCUUUAGGAAAUAGAUGCAGGAUAUAAAUGUGUGUAUAUUUAGAGGUUUAAGGCUCUCCAAGCCAUCUUGCUUCUGAUUUUUCAUUGCUCUAUGAAUUCCUUUUACUGAAAAUGCUAUGUUAUGAAUGGUGUUAAAUUUUAGUCUUGGGAACUUAAAAAAACAAGCAAAGGGAUGUGACUAUUUUGAAUGAAUCAAAAUGUCAACUUGUAAGUCUACUCUAUCUACAUUUAUUCUAUUUAAAAAGGAAUAAUGAAAAAUCAAGAAUAAUUCUUCAAUUUUGGUUGAACUGUUCAGCCUUUAUAUCAGACUUUACCUUACAAAUGAAUACAGUUCAUGAAUGUACAUUCUUCUCCCUGACUUUGGUGAUUUCAAAACUUAGAAUGAUAUAUUUCUAUCUGUGAUAUCUUUCCACUUGGAAAAUCUCAAGACACAGAUUAAAAACUUAAUAGGCUGUACUACUUUUUAUUUUGGGAGCCAGAGUAUGAGUUGGGGAAAGGAUUAUGUGUCAGCUGUAUUGCAGUGUAACUUUAACUUCCUUAUCUUUUCUCCAAAGUCCACCUUUGAUUCUUAUUUUAUAUGGUAUUGGAUUUCCAGUCUUCUAUUUCUGGCAUGUCAGUUUUGGUGUUCUUAUCUUCCAUUAUCCCUAAAUAUUGAUAAACUCCAGACACCAAAGAACACAUUUGCUUAAUUAAGUGUCUGAACAGAAACAAGAUAAAAACACUGGUAUUUUUAUGUGUGUAUUCAAUAUGGUAUAAAAUAUAAAACCUAUAUUUUAACUUAGUAAAAUAUUUUACUAUUUCUCUACAGAGUGUUGUAUCCAAGGUAUAAUGAAUGACCAUUUUCCUUGAGUGUUGAUCUCGUCUGUUACUACUUAAAAGGAACUGAUGAUUUUAUUCCCCAAAAUUGUUUUUGCAACCAGAACUGUUGCUGUUCAUUGAAUCAUAGGUCAGUUUUUUUCUCCACUUUUUUCCCCAAUGAUUCUUUCUUAGGUCUGUCUGUCUUUCUAUCUGUUGAUCGAUCGAUCGAUCGAUAGAUAGAUGUAAACAUUUAGCUCCUUAUGUUUUCAUUGGACUACCUGUCCUCUUUUUGGAAUUUAAUGAUAUCAUUAAAUGAGAAGAAAUUAUUAUUUAUUUUUUAAGUAGCCAAAAAGUUCCAUACUUGUAGUAAAUAGAAAGAUAUUUAUUCAUAUGGAAUUUAUAAGGUUCUUGAGAAGAAAAGCAGUCAGCAUUUUAAAAUGUUAGAUUUUAGUAUAUUUGUAAAGUUUGAACCAAUUCUAUCCCCAUUUUCUUCCCUUCUCUGCAUUCCCUCUUCAUAAAAGAAAACUCAAAUUUGUUAACAUUAGACCAUGAUGAAAUAGUUAAGGACUAGAAUCUACAAGAUUUCAGUUGAAGAUUACUUGUUUAGACUACUACAAAUAGAAAUUAACUACCUUUCCAUGAAGAUUUUUGGUAUUUAUAUAUGAAAUUUGCUUGAUACAGAAUAUGGUUAAAAUUAACAUCUACUUUGAACAGGGUUUAUUUUUCUAUUUUGAAUUUGCCUUAUGUAUAUUCAGAGGCUCCUGGAAAUGCUGUACAGAACAUUAGGAAAAGUACAAAUAUGCUAUACCAUAUAUUUUAAAAUUGGUCUCUUCGUAUGAACUUGGUUUCUUAUUUCUUUUCUGCAGUUUAAUUCCUUAUUUACGUUCACGUAUUUAAUUUCAUAACCAUUAAUUCUAAAAAAGAAGCAAGCAAACAAAAACAAAACUUCAAGCCAAUCACUAUUCAUUCUAAGACUCAGUCCUACAUUAGCACCUAACACAGUGCCUUGCACACAGUAGGCAUUCAGUAACUACAGAUGCAUGAAUGAAUGUUGUAUUUUCAGAGUAACUGAUGUUUUUCAAAACAGUAAUUUGUACUUGGUCUUGAAGUAUGAUUAUAACAAUUACAGGGAAUGAAGCAUAAAUAUUUUAAUAGAAAUGAAGUACCCAUUAAUAAACAACUUACCAUAAUUUAUUAUUAAAUGGAGAUACUCUUGUCUGGUCCAUCUAUAAAGAUGCCUCUGUUUUCUUUACACGUAAGAUACUCUUAUGAGUCAGGUAAAAGUAAGAAGCCUAGAGUCUGCGUGUAGUAGCCGUUAACCCUGGCUGCACAGUAGAGUCAUUUGGAGGGAUAAAAACAUACUUUUUGGAAUGCUGAUUCUGAUGUAAUUUGUCUGUAAUGAGAGCUGAUCAGCAGUGCUUUUCAAAAUUUCUCCAGAUAGUUUUAAUGUGCAAGAAGGAUUGAGUACCAAUGGUUUGUUGUUGAAAACAAUACCAGUAUUAAAUGUAUUUCCUCCUCCUCUUCCUCCUGCUACUUGUGUAUGUGUGUUUGUGUGUGUGUGUCUAUAUUUUGCACUAGAUCAUACCCUUAUUGGUGAUAUUGGCCUACAUACAUACCAUAUGACAAAUUCAAAUCUUAAUUAUUUAUUUAAUAUAGAAGGAGUAUUUUCUUGUUUUAGUAUUUAAGUGAUGUUUAAUAUAUUUCAUGACUGACUGGUGUUAUAGUUGAUGGUUUGUUUUCUGUGUGUCCAUACCCUUUAAUAACUUUGUUUUUAGCAGCAGAACAACAGCAAUCCAUGUAGAAAUAACUAAUUUAUAAUGAGGAAAAUCUCUUUUAAAAUGUAGAAAGAAGUAAAAUAUUAAUUUCCUAUCUACCAUACAGAAUGAGACAGUACUUAUAAAAGAAAAAUACGCUUUUUAAUUGAUCUACACAGAAAAGUAAAAAUUACUCUAAAUUCAUUACCUAAAAACAAUUAAGGGAAUAUUUUUCCUAAGUAAAACAUUUUUUUUGUGAUUCCUAACAAAACUAUAGUGAUGACGUUCUUUUCUGACGGGUGAGUGGGAGGGACUUUGUUAAACUAAUAAUGUAGUAUAUAAAAUUCUUUGAGGCUAGCAGUGUAUUCAUAAAACUACAAACAGUAAUUGCAGAACUGGUCAAAAUUAAUGGCUUAGAAAGCAGCUUUAAACUUUGUGUUUUGAAAUUGCUCAUUAAACGUAAAUCACAACUGAAGUAGAGAACUUUUGUUGUUAAUUUUUUUCAGAGAACUAUAUUAUAAUAUCACACACAUACUUUUAAAAAAGAUUGUUGUAUCUGGUUAACAUUCAUGUAGAAUGCUGAGGAAAAAUGAUUUAUAAAUGCCAUAGGAAUUUUUAACUGAAAAGUUGACAGCUGCUGUUUUUUUUUUUUUUUCUAUAAAAAAGGACAACAUGAAAAUCAAAUUGAGUUUACAUUAGUUUUUAAUAUUACCAGACUGAAUUUCUACUAUUCACUUUGCUUUGGGAUUCAUCUGGUGAUUCUAGUGUUAGAAGUAAAGGGGGGAAUAAACUACUGAAUUUGAUUUAAAAUAAGGACUGGAUUAGGAAUUUUUGAAAUGCCAUAUCCUGUAUGUUCUGGCAUAUUCAUUGCUACAUUUAGACAUACUGACCUCAGUGUUGUUUCCAUACUCAUAUGAUAGAAUAAUGACUAAGGAAAAGUUGAAAAUGUGUAAUAGAUAUAUAAGGAAUUAUAUUUAGUAAAUACACAAUAAGUAAUAUUUUAAGUUUAUUGAUUUCUUUUGGUUUAUGUGUAUUAUUUUGGCUAGGUAGUAUUCAUGAGAGUAUUUUGGAAGUUAAAAAUAUGUGCCAUUUACUGAAGUGUGUGAUAAACAUUUUUAUAUGAGUAAAGUUAAUGAAAUAAAACUAAUUUCAUUGCCAAAAUUCAAAAAGUGGGGUGAUAAUAUGUCAAAUGUUAGCAAAUGAUCUCCCUCUCUUUUGCCCAGGAUUUUUGUGUGCCCUUAAGUUCCAUUUCUGCCCACUUUACAUGUACUGAAAGUUACUUAACCUGCAAGUGUGAUUAUCAUGCUUAGUAAGAAGCACAGCUCCUUUACCUGGGGUAGACACUGGCAGUGAUUGUUAACCACUGUUGGUAAUACUUCUUAAGCAAAAUGGUUCUUGAAUAUAAUGUAAGUUUGGGCCACUGUGUGGCUUGAUGAAAUGUUCUAUACAGUCUGAUUUUAUCUCAGCUGGCUUUUCAAUUUUAGGUUUCAUUGUAAAUAGAACAUUUGGCAGUACUUUACAUUGAGAAUCUUGGGGAUAUUUCCACCCUCCUGCUGUUUACCCAGCUCUCUCUCCAAAAGGCUGCAACUGUGUGGUAGGUUGGGAUGGUGUCUCUACAUGAAGCGGUUCUUGAGAUUAUCAGGCAAAAUAUUUCUGUUUUGGUAAUAAAUGAAAUACAAGUACUUAUUUUGAAAACUAAUGAGGUAAAUUCAUUUACAGUCUUUAAGUAAUGUUGAGACUCAUAAAGGUAAAUAAAUCAUAAAAGAAUUCAUAAAAGUAGCAAACUACAUGUUUUUCUGAACUAGAAAUUCUGUUGUUUUCAAGUUUCCUAUUAUAAUAGGAUUUAGAAUAUAUGCUGGUAAAUUUUAUUACCUUUACAGUUUAAGCAUCAUUUUUUUUUUUAAUAUUUAUUUAUUUAUUUGAAAGAGUUACACAGAGAGAGGAGAGGCAGGGCGGGGGGGCUCUUCCUCCGCUGGUUCACUCCCCAGAUGGCUGCAACGGCCAGAGCUGUGCCGAUCUGAAGCCAGGAGCCAGGAGCUUCUUGUGGUUUCCCACGUGGGUGCAGGGGCCCAAGCAUUUGGGCCAUCUUCUGCUUUCCUAGGCCAUAGCAGGGAGCUGGAUCAGAAGUGGAGCAGCCGAGUCUUGAACCGGCGCCCGUAUGGGAUGCCAUUGCUUCAGGCCAGGGCGUUAACCUGCUGUGCCACAGCGCCAGUCCCAAGCAUCCUGAUUUUAAUAUUUUAUACUUUCAAAGCAAAUUGUUCUUCCAUGUAGUCAACCAUUAACAGUGUCAGUGUAUUAGUGGUCCCAGUAAUUACACAUGAAUUUUUAGCAAAAGUAUUUUUAUUUUUUUAAGGAUUUAUUAUUUUAUUUUAUUUCUUUGAAAGACAGUUACAGAGAGAAUGUAGACAGAGAGGUCUUCCAUCUGCUGGUUCACUCCUCAGAUGGCUGCAGUGGCCAGAGCUGUGCCGAUCUGAAGCCAGGAGCCAGGAGCUUCUUGUGGUCUCCCACACAGGUGCAGGUGCCCAAGGACUUGGGCCAUCUUGUACUGCUUUCCCAUACAAUAGCAGAGAGCUGAAUCAGAAGAAGAGCAGCUGGGACUAGAACCGGUGCCUAUAUGGGAUGCCGGCACUGCAGGCUGGGGCUUUAACCCGCUGAGCCACAGUGCUGGCCCCUAUUUUAUUUUUUAAAGAUUUAUUUAUAUAUUUGAAUGAGUUCACUCCCCAGAUGGCUGCACCAGCCGGGACUGGGCCUAGCUGAAGCUGGGAGCCAGGAGCCUCGUCCAGGUCUCCUGUGUAUGUGCAGAGGUCCAGGUUGGGCCAUCCUCCACUGCUUUUCAAGGCCAUAGCAGAUAGCUAGCUGUAUUGGAAGUACACGAACUGGCACCCAUAUAGGAUGCCAGCACGUCAGGCAGUGAGUUUACCCACUAUGCCACAAUGCUGGUUCCCCCCCAAAAAUGCCAUCCUCUGUGGCUUCCCAGGCACAUUUGCAACAAGGUAGAUCAGAAGUGGAAUAGCUGACUCUUUGAUCUCCAGUAUGGCAUCCAGGAUCACAGGCAGUGGCUUAACCACACUGCCAGCCCAACAGAUUUCUCUUUAAUGAGGAAUUUAAUGGGUCAUAUUCAAACUUAACUUUCAUCAGUUCCUAAGUGUCCACUGGAUUUGUAUUUGUAUCCUGCCUUUGGCGUUUCUUUGUUCAUCUGCUCUUGGGUGAGUAGAAUAUGUAAAGCAUGUGUUUUAAAUGCUGUUUAAUUAUUUUAAGGCUAAAAGGUGCUGGUUUUAAAAUAUGAGGGUACUUGAAAGUUUUUGAGAAAAGUGUAUUUUAAAGAAACUGCAUGGAUUUCUGAAAUUUUUUGAACCGAGUAGUUAUCAUUUAAUUCCGUUUUCCACAGACUUUUUGAAACACUCCUGUAACAGCAUGUUUCCAAAAAAACUCUUAGCCUCUCAUUUUCUAAAAUAUUUUCCCUUUUCUAUUUUAUUGUGUAGUGAUCAGCAUUUAUGGUGAGUUAUGAGACUUCCCUCUUGGUUCUCUUCAGUGGCCGUAUCAAUGCCAUGAAGUGGCUUUGGAGAAGGCUGUAGUUGAGUCUGUUUAGUAGUUAUUUGUAGAUCCCUUGGCACAGAAUUAUAGCUUAUGACUCGUUCUCACACAGACAAAGCUGAUUUAUGUUACAGAACUAAUGUCAGUAAUAGCUAAGACCACAGUGAAGCAGGAGACAUCUGAGAGGUUCAGUGUCUUUUGGAUUGCACAGUGCUUCAUUUGCUAAAAAAUUCCAACUGGGAACACAUUGGGUCACACGGUGGUGAUUUCAUCAGUGACAUGCAGAAUGUGUGCUCUCAAGAGUACUGCCUUCAUGGAGCUUACAGUGUUCACCAGUAAAUGUGAUAGCAUCUAUGUCUCUUUGUUAAACUGAUAGAUAAAUUAGACAUCUUUCCUUACAGUGGAACUGUUUGAAAGUGUUAGCAAGUCUCUAUGUAAUGGUUGUCAGCUUGCUCAUGGUAUAUUCAGUUGAUUGACACAGUUGAGCAUCACUAGUUCAUGGCAGUUUUAACUAUCAAACGGUUUAAAAUAUGCAUAUUCUUGGAUAAUAGGUUUUUAUCCCAUAGUACACCUCUCGAUCCAAUAAGUAUAAGGGUCACUAAUGAAACAGAGCAGAGGAACAUUGAGAUAGCUACUAAAGCAACUGAUCUGGGAAUCUGAGGAGAGAAAAAUAUGUGGGAAGUCGGAGUUAAUGGGAAAAUGUCAUUUGAUUUGUAGUGUGCUGUAUGCUUUUUGGGGUUGUGGUCCUGAAUUGAAGUCAGGCAAUCAUUGUAGGGUUUUUCUCUGACAUUCAGCUGCCUGCUUGCAGGCACAGAAAAUUGCGCUUAGAUUUUUAACUAUUUUGAUGGAAGUAAAAGUCAAGGGAAGGUGUUUGCAAGGUGAUGCUGGUGGUACAGAAGCACAGUGUCUAAGCUGCUUACAGAAUGAAUGGGAGGGGUUGGUGGGCGGCAGGGGAGUGGCUGGCACUGUGCCUCUAACUGGAUGUGUCAGCGAAGUGAGAGGAGCUGGUCAGAGGAUGGCAAACGGGAAAUCAGAUUGUUAGUGAGAAAAAAGUCCGGGCCCUGGAACUGACUGAGACCGAGUGGGGAGAGGUGAUCUUUGAGGACUCUAAGAUGUGUGGGGCCACAGUUACUCAAGUGAGUAAAUAGCACGGUGGGCCGCACGAGUAAACGUGAUGGCCGCAAAGGGAAGAUGGUAGCUGGGCAGCGUGAGCUUUAAAGAACUCAAGCUCAAAACAAAACCUUGCUUUCUAGUAAGGGAUUAGUGAAUGAAUGUGCAUCUAGGAGUUUUAAGACAAAUUAAAGAUAUGCAUCAUUUCACUGUACCCCUCCAGUCAGAAAGCCUGUACUUGUCUAGUAGGGCACAGAGGAUGAGGGCUUUCUGUGGCUUAUUGACAGGCCUCCUAACUUUUCUGAGGCUGUCUUGUCUUUCCAGUCGCUCCCACGUGAAGUUGGCCCUUAACGUUCUUUUCCUUUUGUGUUACUCGGCGCUCCUGGUGGGUGAGUAAACCCUUAUAGGAAGAUCUGCUCUCCAGCUUUUUUGAGGUCACAUUAAAUGUCAAAGCAGAGGUCUCUGCCCAUCUCCUUCUAAGAACAACUUGAAUGGUUCCAAAUUAGAUGCAGGGUGCUGGAAGAAGGAAUUCCUGGAGAUCCUAGUGGUAGAUUUGUUCAUUCUCUGGUCUUAUUUAUGGAAUGGCUCUUAUUUCCUCUGUUCUGGGUUUUUGGUGAGAGUUCUUAGGAUCUUGUCAGUUUUCUUUCCCUGUAGUGAUUUGGGUUAGGUGCUGUAUUGAUCCCAUCUAAAUCUUUACUGCUUAUCUAAUCAGUUUUUAGCAUGAAUUCCUUUCUUUCCUUGUUGGCAUGAAGUUAUGUAACUUCUUGUUUGUUGAACGAGUUUAUUUCCAGUUUUUGCUGCUUCCUCGCUCCUCUUUAGAUCCUUAGUUGGUAAGUUAGGAUCCAACUGUGAUCCAGCUUCACUCCGCCGUCUUCACCUGGAAGUGACCUUACCUUCCUUGACCGAGGAAACAGAAGCCGUGGACUCUUAGCGCUGUGUCUGACAAACCCGUGUACAUGACUGUAGCAGGGGUUUUUGCUCCUUUCUUGGAGCUGCGGGGAUUUAAGUGUUGGUCCCCUCAUAGGUGUUUCCUGCUCUUGAAUCUUCAUGCUGUCGCCCUGUGCUUUCCGCUCACCUCUCCUCUUGAAUGCGAGUGGGGUCCAGGGAGUUGGUGAUUGUGUGUCUCUGCCCUGCUCUCCACCUGUCUGAUGCCACCAUCAGCUGCCUCUCUUGAACAGAGCCGUCUCUGUAGAUCCAGCUCUUUGCUCCUGUUGGAAUACGGUGGGGAGGGCUUGUGUGAUCCUCUUCCUCUCAUCCAGAUAGACCAGACCUCGAUCUCAGAGGUCGUGGACUUAGAAGAAAAGUGGCACAGUCCACAUGCAGAAUUACCAGCUGUGUUGCUGCGUGGUAGGCACAUUUCCACACCAUCCCUUGACUUUGUGUCAGCAGAGGAAGUAGGAGGAAGGUUGUCCUCCCAUUAUCUGGCAGCUUGCUGUCCAAUAGGUAUUAGUCCAGAGAAGCCAAGAUCACUUGCUUCUAUUGCUCAUGAACUUACUGCUGUUUGAAGUAUCCCAAAGUUUGACUUUUGCAAAGGGAGGAUGAGUAGACAAAAAGUAGUCCAAGGAAGCCUGUAGAAAAGUAGUACCUGGCGAGAGUGAAAGAACACUCAGAAAUGUUUGAUGAAAAGCAAGUGCUGGUGGGAAUACAGGGCAGCUUUAAUUUUAAAAAAUCAACGUGAGAAAAUUCAAUUCAUAAAAAAUUCUCUACAAUGUGAAUAAACUAUAGGAAGCUAAAAAAACAGAUUUAGGAGUCCACGUUUACUAAAUACUAGAGGAAAUUUCACUAGUUUGAAAAGGGUUUCCACUGUAUUGGUUUUAGGCAGCUUUGGGGCUGAGCAGGGGAGAGAGAGGCAGAUACUUCAUUGAAAUAUUUGUGAAAAUGAACUGUUUUAGUGGCUCAGGAGGAAGAAAAAUGUUGGCCACACCCUCAUUGGGUGGGAAGAGAUUGUAAAUGAAUGUCUCAGCGAGUAAUAAGUAAUAGAGAACAAAAUGAAACAGAGUAGUGACUAGGCCACACUGGGACAAGGGAGAGACAAGAUUCAUUAUUCUGUGUGGGAUAUCCGAGACAGGUAAGUUUGAAGGAGGUGAGGGAGCUAGCCAUGUCACUAUCUGGGGAGAAAGUUCUCCACAUACAGAUGUUUAAAUACUCUGAGGCAGGAUCAUAGCCUCCUGUUUGGAGGACUGGGAAUGCAGGUGCUAGGGAGCAAGCCACCCGGAAGGUGAGGCUAGAGAACCAGCGGGAACAAGAUUGUGGAUCUCAGAGACGAGUGAAGCAUCCGGCUUGGAAGAUACAUACAGGGAAGUGACAACCUGAGGUUUAGGGGAGUCACUGUUGCAUAGCUAGUGAGGAUGGACGCCUGGACUUUUGGGUAUUACAGUAAUUGGGACAGGAAGUAAUGGGCUUGUUCCAGGGGGGUGGUGAUGGAGGAAUGACAAAUUAACUGGAUUCUGGAAAUAACUUUGUGGAUUUGGAAUGUUUUGUGAAAUAAAAGUCAACAAAGAAAGUGUUUUCCCUGAGUCAUGGAAAGGGUGGAGUUUCUGCCUCCUGUGGUAGGAAAGAUCGUAAGGAUCGGGUCUGGGGGUCUGGGGGUCUGGGGAUGGGAGCAGCUAGAGGGGAUCUGUUAGUUUUAGAUUGGUGAGCUUCAGAUGCUUACUACACUUGAGCAGCUGGUACUCAAAUCCUUGAAUUUCAGGAUUAAAGAGAGUCACACCUCUGUACCUUAGAGCAAGAUAGCAACCAAGACUUUCCCUGGUAAGAUCAUCUUGAGGAUAUGAAAGGAUCCAAAUAAUAAACUCAUUAGGAAACGCUUAGGUGAGGGUAAAACCCCCAAACUAAAACAACGACGAAUUAGUCACAACAAAGACCUGUUUUUUAUGAGAGUGACUGGGAAUUUGCAAUGUAUGGUGUUGAGAAAGCAAUCUUGUAGAAAAGACACACUAUGCUAUUUUCACAUUAAAAACAUUUAUACUAGGUAGCUCAGCCAAGCCUCAAAGUGAAGACUGAUGGUGGAGGGGGAGUGGUAAAUGAGUCAAGAUAUUCUAAAUUCCUAAUUUCCCAUUCCUGGUGAGAACUGAUGUUUGCUUUGUGGAAGAUAAGCAACAUAUAUUAAUUGAACUAAUCAGAAGUUCUAUGUUUUUCACAAACAGCUUUGUAAAGCCCGCAGAAGCUCUUUGGAAUAGUGUUUAAAAUGUGUUGAGGUUUUGGAGAUUUUUAAGUAGGUGAGGAAAUUAUCCCCAAGUUGUUAAAUGGUGAAGAUUUGAGAGUUUUGAUAGGUGAUAUACUUGCGUUUUCAGCUGCAAAAGAACAAAAAAUAUUUCAGAAGGCUCUCUCCAUAGUGCAAUUUUUUUUCUGGAAGUAAUUAUCCACAGACUUCUGGUCAUAUGAUUUCAUAAUAUUUAACCUUAUAGUUUGGCGGAGAGCAAAUUUAGGGUUAGGAGAAAGGUCAGCACUGCCAGUUUCUUGUUCCACCUACUGGGGUUUUUGCUUCUACCUUUGUGUGCACCUUGCUGUUCUGUGAAACGUCUGAGCUGGUGUCGCAGUGUGCUUGGGAGAGGGAGUGAGGACUGCACCGCCAGACCUUGUUCUUGCCUCUUCACCUUGUAUACAGAUCAAAUGAAGGCAUCGGAAUCAGUCCAUAUGUUUACUAUUAAUAAAGUUUAAUUUAAAUGCAAA